AUGGCUACUUUUCUCUCUAGAGUUUCAGUCCUCCUUGCACUAUGCAUCACUCUCUUCACCAAUCCAGCCCUAUCAGGCUACCUUAACCCCUUACAAGACUUCUGUGUAGCUGAUCUCCAAGCUACCCCAACCAACACUGGCUACCCAUGCAAGUCACAAGUCACCUCAGAAGACUUCUUCUACUCCGGCUUAGGCACUCCACUAAACACUUCAAACCCAAAAGGUGUAGCCGCUAAUAGAGCAACCCUGAUGACGUUUCCAGGACUAAACACGAUGGGAAUAUCCAUGUACAACGUUGCACUCGCUGCAGGAGAAGCUAACCCGCCUCACUCGCACCCUGGUGUGACCGAGGCAGGGGUCGUGACCCAAGGCUCGGUCUUGAUUGGGUUCUUGACGAAUAACUACACGUUGUACUCAAAGGUUGCUGGUCCUGGUGACAUGUUUGUGAUCCCUCCAGGACUCAUUCACUACGAGAUGAACGUUGGGAAAACAGAAGCUCGUCUUUUGACUGUGGUGGCUAGUGAGUUGCCUAGUGAGGUGCUUGUGCCGCACACUUUGUUUCUCGCGCAACCUGCGAUUUCGGACGAGGUUUUGAUGAAGGUGUUUAAGACUGAUGGUAAAACAAUCAACAUGCUCAGGUCUAAGUUAACUAAUUAA